AUGCUCUCGUAUAAAUUACCUGCUCUCGGCCUGUGUAAAUCCUUUUGCUUCAGUCUUGUUGACAAGUAGAGUAAAAUGGUGCAGAGACUCACGUAUCGGAAGAGGCAUAGCUAUGCCACCAAAUCUAAUCAACACAGGAUUGUAAAAACUCCCGGAGGGAAGCUGGUGUACCAGAGCACUAAGAAGAGAGCUAGUGGACCCAAGUGCCCUGUUACUGGAAAAAGAAUCCAAGGGAUUCCUCAUUUGAGACCUGCUGAAUACAAGAGGUCCAGAUUAUCCAGGAACCGGAGGACUGUAAACCGUGCCUAUGGUGGUGUACUGUCUGGAGGCGCUGUUAGGGAGAGGAUAAUUCGAGCCUUCUUGGUUGAAGAGCAAAAAAUUGUGAAGAAGGUUCUAAAGAUUCAGAAGGCUAAAGAAAAGCAAGCUGCCAAGAGCUGAUUGAUUCAAAGUUCUCCAUUAUUUUGUUUCAAGAAAAUGUCUUUGAUGAUGAUGAUUACGAAAUGUAGGAGCAAGAAUUCUGUCCAAAUGGCUGUGGAUUUGAACAAAUUAAUCUUUGACUCCUUAAUUUUGAUUUGUUGAGAAUAUUUUCACGACUUCCCGAAUUGAUUUUCUAAAAUUUGUCUAAUUAUUAUUAUUAUUUUAUUUUA